AUGGACGAAGAGAAGGCACAGCUGGGCUCAAUCCUCGACAAUGCGUCCACUCAUCGGCUUACUUCCGUCCCACCUCCUUCGCGUCUGCAUGGGUCCACGACCAUUUGCGCCUCAAUGGCGGUCCUCGCCUUGCGCUUCAUUUUGCUCACCACCGCGGUCUUCGCGCUGAACGCACUACUCCCUGGCAGGUAUGAACUCAAGAACUAUAUAUUGAACAUACUGCGCCCGAAUCCCUACAAGCGCUGCGAAGUCUUCCUUGACCGCUCUUCCCCAGAAGAAGUCUUCAACGCGCUUCCGGUCCCCUGGCUGUACCAUUCCGUGUCGCACACGACGAUGCCGCUCGGCGCUACAGAACUUUCUUUCUGGUUGAAUGGCGACUCUGCGGGCGGCCGAUUCAACGUGUCUGCAAGCGAGUCGCUCGAACCUGGAGAGGCAUCAAUCACGGUCGACAUGUACUUUAACAGCACACGUACGUUCGAGGAGUCUAUCAGCAUCUUCUUUGAGGUACACGUCCAGUUGCCUGUUCCCAAGCAUCCUGAUGUCCCGUAUUUGAUGCCUCCGUUCGAGACGAACCUUCCCCUGUUCGAUCAUACGUUCGACGAAUCGUUGGGAGGAGUCGUCCGCUUCUCCAACGUCAAUAUCGCGCUGUACUCCGGAAGCCUUGCCGCCCAAUCUACACUUGUCGCGAAAACGGUCGUAGUCACCGGCAGCAACCGCCCCCACAGCCCCGUCGAGGGCAUGAACAUCAUCUCGGGAUACUUCAACGUCUCUCAGACCCUCGACCUCAACGCAGGCGAUGGGACCAUCACCGUGAGGGCCAACCUGCAACCCGACUCCGCCGAAGACGCGACCCAUCCGACCACUCUCGUGAUGUCCUCUCGUUCCGGGGCGAUUUACGGCACCAUUGGACUAUACGCGCCUUUUUCACCCUCCUCCUCGGGCCCAGGCGCCUUCAACGUGUCGGCCUCUUCUGCCGGGAUGAUCAGCCCCCUUAGACUGACGAUCGUCGACCACCCCGCCGAGGCACCCUUAGACCUCCGUGCGAGCGCGACUGGAAGCAUUGACGUUAGGCUAAGGAGCGAAUUCGAGGGGACGUUCACGGCGCAGGCGGUCGGGCCCGGACGGACUGCGCAAGUGAGCUGGGGCCCGAACGGCAUGCCAGACCCCACUGGACAAGCGCGCGCACGACACGUCCAGACAGAGUGGGUUGAUGACGGGCAGGUUUCGGGGAGCAUUUGGUGGGGAGACGAGAACCAAGGGAGAGGGAACGUGGCGUUGAGGUCGGACACUGGGUUCACGAGGUUGUAUUUGGAUGAAUGGGCGUUUUGA